UUUUCUUUUCUGCCUUCAUCAAGAUUUAUAGCCUCACAUCGUUGCUUAAGCAAACACGAUAUGAUUUCAGUUUUUUUCUUUACCUGAUCUUCUUUAAUGGGCAAUUGCUUUGGUUCUUCUGCAAAAGUAGAUAGCAGAGAAACUCCUAAUCGUGGAUCUUCAAGAAUCUAUGCCAAACCGAGCCAAUCAUCCCGGUUUUCAAGCCUAACAAUACCAUCAUCAUCAUCUUACUACGAUGACAGGAGUCCCACGUCUCUUCCAACACCAAGAAGUGAAGGAGAGCUCUUAGCAUCUCCCACACUAAAGGCCUUUACGUUUAAUGAUCUAAAGACAGCAACUAGGAAUUUCAGACCCGAUAGUGUUAUCGGUGAAGGUGGUUUCGGUUAUGUCUACAAAGGAUGGCUAAACGAACGCACCUUAUCGCCUGCAAAACCAGGAUCAGGCAUGGUCGUUGCUGUUAAAAAGCUUAAACCAGAUGCGCCUCAAGGACACAAGGAGUGGUUGGCGGAGGUUGACUAUUUAGGGCGGCUUCACCAUAUGAAUCUUGUGAAACUAAUUGGAUAUUGCUUGAAAGGUGAUUACAUUCGGCUUUUGGUUUAUGAGUACAUGCCCAAGGGAAGCUUAGAGAAUCAUCUCUUUAGACGUGGUGCAGAGCCGAUUCCGUGGAGAACAAGGAUGAAAGUGGCGAUUAAUGCGGCGAGAGGGCUUGCCUUCCUUCACAAUGCUCAAGUCAUAUAUCGAGACUUCAAGGCCUCCAAUAUUCUACUUGAUUCGGAGUUCAAUGCAAAGCUGUCUGAUUUUGGAUUGGCAAAAGAAGCACCAACAGGAGACAAAACACACGUAUCAACCCAAGUGAUGGGAACUCAAGGCUAUGCAGCACCUGAAUAUGUAGCCACUGGUCGAAUAACAGCCAAAAGCGACGUCUACAGCUUCGGUGUGGUCUUGCUCGAGUUACUCUCAGGACGUCCUACUGUAGACAAAUCAAAAGUAGGAGUGGAGCGAAAUCUAGUGGAUUGGGCAAUACCUUACUUGGGAGAUAGAAGGAAAGUGUUUAGGAUAAUGGACACAAAGCUUGAAGGACAGUAUCCUCACAAAGGAGCUGUUUUGGCUGCUAAUACUGCUUUGCAAUGUCUUAAUCAAGAGGCUAAGUUGAGGCCAAAUAUGUCUAAUGUGUUAUCUACUCUUGAAGAGCUGGAGAUGACGUGGAAGUCGUGUUCUACUUCGAACUCGGUUAAGACAUUGACAUCUUCUUCCUCUGCUCUGUCGGAGAAACGGAAAGUUAGAGCUCCUGGUGCUUCUCCAGUAUUGGUUCGUCGGAGAGGUCCACGUGUCAGGUGAAGUAGCCACCGAAAAUAGUUUAGGGUUUAUGAAUGUAUGUACUUUUUGUUUUUGGAAAGGGGUUAUACUACU